UUUCUUGAGACAACACUUAUUGUGCAGCAAAGGGUCACGAUAGAGAUACCAAAACCUCUUUAAAGAUUAAAGACAUCUACUGUCUAGUGUUUAAAAACAAGCCUCUUGCGAAAAUGCAAAAUUUGUUUGCAACACACUCUUACUGUGGGACCCUUCUCUGGUCUCUCGCUCAGCUUGGAUGCGUUGUGAACCUGGCUCCCCUUUUUGUAUAAUUUAUGAAUUAUUAUCUAUAAGUCUACAACAUGAUAUCAAUCAAGUUAAUGAAUAUGGUGACGAAUCAGGUUGGAGCUUGCCAAAUGUAUAGCAAACCCUUCAUGUGCAGCCAAUAUUACUUGUCUCCAGACUUGCAACAAUAGACCCGAUGAGACAGAAUGCCAGAUAAAAUGUGGUGAUUUGUUUGAAAACAGUGUGGUAGAUGAGUUCAAUGAGUGUGCAGUGUCACGAAAGAAAUGUGUACCUCGUAAAUCAGACGUGGGCGAAUUUCCUGCUCCCGAUCCAAGUGUUCUUGCCAAAAACUUCAGGAUGAAAGAUUUUGAGGGGAAAUGGUUUAUAACCAGUGGAUUGAACCCCACUUUUGACGCAUUUGAUUGCCAAGUGCAUGAGUUCCAUGUUGAAGGUGACAAACUUGUGGGUAAAUUAUCAUGGAGGAUUCGGACACCAGAUGGAGGAUUUUUCACCCGGUCAGCUGUGCAGAGAUUCGUGCAAGAUCCACAGUAUCUGGGAAUACUAUACAACCAUGACAAUGAAUAUCUGCACUACCAAGAUGACUGGUACAUUCUGUCAUCCCAAGUGGAGAACAAGGCAGAUGACUAUAUAUUUGUAUAUUACCGAGGGAGAAACGACGCAUGGGAUGGAUACGGCGGCGCUGUACUGUACACAAGGAGUGCCGUCUUGCCCGAGAGCAUAGUUCCUGAGAUACGGAGGGCAGCUGAGAGGAUCGGGCGGAAUUUUGACCAAUUCAUCCGAACAGACAACUCGUGUGGGCCUGAGCCACCCCUCGCGGAGAGACUGGAGAAGACAGUGGAAGAGGGGGAGAAGAGCAUCAUAAAGGAAGUGGAAGAGAUAGAAGGGGAGGUGGAGAAGGUGAAAGACACUGAAAUCAGUCUGUUCAAUAGGCUGUUGGAAGGGCUGAAGGAAGUGCAGAAGGAUGAAGAGUACUUCUUGCGGGAGCUGAGCAAGGAAGAAAAGGAGAUUCUUGAUGGGCUUAAAAUGGAAGCCACUGAAGUUGAGAAGCUGUUUGGUCGGGCCUUGCCUCUGAGGAAAUUAAGGUAGGGUAAAACAUAUGUUGCUUGUCU